CGGGUUUUUGACUAGGUAUGGGCUAUAAAUGUAAAUCGACCUGGCAACCCUGAGUCUGGACUUCCUGGGGAGGCGGGGCUCAGCAGCAGCGAACUAACAUCUGGCGAAGCUCGAGCUCUCCACCUCGGGCUGCAGAGACAUCUCUUAGCGACGAGCCCUGUGGUCUGCCUCUAGCCUGUCUAUGAACUGAAGUGCCUCAUUUCUAAAAGAACAGAGCGUCCUCAUCAUGUCUGCGGCAGCUCCGAACAGUAAGAGCCAGUCCAGUCUCAGAGAAGACUUGACCUGCGCCAUCUGCUGUGACCUCUUUACUGAGCCGGUGAUGCUGGGGUGCAUGCAUCACUUCUGUAAGCACUGUAUCAGUACCUACUGGAGGGGUACCCAGACACCGGUUUCCUGUCCCCAGUGUAGGAAGGAGUUCACCACCAAACACUUCCAGACCAACUAUCUGGUGACUGCCAUGGUGGAGAAGGUUAGGGCCUCCACCUCGGACUGUUAUGUCCAGAAUAUACAGAAACAACAGAAGGAUUCGUUGGAGGCUCACAGACGGAGACGAGAGGAUUUCAUCACUGUUCUAAAUGGAGACGAGGACAAGAUGGAGAGCAUCAAGAGAAUUGGCUCUGAGCUGCAGGUGCGGAUCCAAGGGGAGUUCCAGGCGUUGCAUUCCUUCCUUGCGGAGGAGGAGGCGUGUGUGUUGGAACGGCUGCGGAGGGAGCAGGAGGUGGCUCUGGAACAGCUGCAGCGCCACCUGGAGGCUGUCAGAGAGGCUGUCAGUCAGCUGGACCACAGUAUGAGAAUCCUGCAUGAGGCUGCUACUACCACGCACCAGACUGGACUAGUGGAGGUAUUGAAGAGUUCUUCAGGGCCUCCAUUAGACGUGGGCCCAGGACCAGAGCUAGACUUAAAUGGCUUCAGCAGUAGAUACAUGGCACCGCUGCAGUACAUCACUUGGAGGAAGAUGUUCAAGUCUCUCAAACCCGGUCCGGCCCCGGUAACGUUCGACGUGGACACGGCCCACCCCAGUGUCUACGUAUCCAGAGAUAGAACCAUCGCAGUAGACUGUGAUAGCAUGACCCCUUACCAGCCCAACCCUAAGAGGUUCCUACAGUCUGUCAACGUGCUGGGGGCUCAGGGCUUCCAAGAUGGACGCCACUACUGGGAGGUAGGAGUGGGCAGCAAGGCCAAGUGGGACCUGGGUGUGGCGUCGGAGAGGGUUGACCGCCGGGCCCGGGUCAAGCUGAGUCCUGAGAGCGGUUACUGGACCCUACGACUGAGAGAGGGAGACCAGUACUCUGCAGGCACACAGCCCUGGACACGGCUCCAGGUUGGGUGUUCUCCCCAGAGGAUAGGGGUGUUCCUGGACUGUGAUGAGAGGAAGGUGUCCUUCUACAACGCUGAUGACAUGAGUCUCCUGUACUCUUUUAGUAACGGCCCCAGGGGCAGAGUGCUGCCCUUCUUCAGUCCCUGUGUCAAUGAUACUAACCAGAAACCACAGCCCAUACAGCUGCUGCACUAUCCUCCUGUUGACCUGUCCCGUUAGGACAGGUGUCAAUGAUACUAACCAGAAACCACAGCCCAUACAGCAGCUGCACAUAUCCUCAUGUUGACCUGGCCCGUUAGGACAGGUGUCAAUGAUACUAACCAGAAACCACAGCCCAUACAGCAGCUGCACAUAUCCUCAUGUUGACCUGGCCCGUUAGGACAGGUGUGUCAAUAAUACUAACCAGAAACCACAGCCCAUACAUCUGCUGCACUAUCCUCCUGUUGACCUGUCCCGUUAGGACAGUGUGUCAAUGAUACUAACUAGAAACCACAGCCCAUACAUCUGCUGCACUAUCCCCCUGUUGACCUGACCCAUUAGGACAGGUGUGUAGAAGACUGGUGUAUCAAUGACUACAGUCAGAAACCAUAUCCCAUAAUGCUCCUCUUGGUCCUGACUGGUGUGUUUUGAGAUGGGUUUUCUCUGAUCCUUGGCUCUUGAUUUGCCAGUUGCUGUAAUAGUUGGCCUAAAGUGUCUACUGUUUGAGCUGCCCAAGUCUAAAUCACUAAAAUGUAUCACUUCAUUGCUCUGAGGCAUUUACUUCCAAAGGGUUUUGCAAUGGAACAGUUGCUAUAGUAAAUGUCUCAUCGCCAGGACUUAUCAGCAUGAUGUAUCAUGGGAAUCAUAACGUGGUCUCAUCAGCAUGAUGUAUCAUGGGAAUCAUAACGUGGUCUCAUCAGCAUGAUGUAUCAUGGGAAUCAUAACGUGGUCUCAUUAUAAAGGAGUAGUAGAAAUAUUGUAAUAAAUUCUGCUUUAGUGGCUAUGUGUACUUUUUGGGUGACCAAAUUCUCACAGAAAUGUGAGUUAUAGAUAUUUCAUUCUACUUACACUUUUUAGACUUGUUUAAGAUGUGUGAUAUUUCUAUGCUGAAGUUGAUUUUCUUUCUUGUGACUUUUGCUUUCGGUUUUGUUACACCAGCUUCAAAAAGCUGAAACAACAAUAUUUUUGGUUAUUGAAAAUCUAUUUCACAGUGGUUGUACAAUGAUUCUCUACACUAUACCACCUUAUUUUGUCACAUAAACUGGAAUUAGGCAAACUACUAGAGUUUUAGAAGCCAGGAAAUGGCAGAGCGACUUCCUGCAUAGUGCAUCUUUUAAGUUUCGGCCAUAUGCCUGUUGCUCUUUUGACAAAAUGGGGCCCGUUGUCCAUUUAGUGGAUGUUUCCUCCUGUGGUUUUCAGAGUCACUGUAGAUAUUGAUUAUAUGCCAUAAUUACACUGCACCUUUAAAUCCCCCUGCUUUCUCAUCAGGGCUUACGUUAUACCUUCUCACCAUUUUAUGUGAUCUCUGUUUUUAAUCGGUUAAAUAUAGCUUUAAAAGUGUUUUCAUCACAGUACUUUUUAAUUUUGUUUUUGAGUUCUUUGCGAUCAUUAUUUUUCCCUAAUCUGAAUACUACACAUUUUUACAGAUCUCAAUCAAUCUCUGCUCAUCAGAUUAAAUGAAGGACUGAUUUGAUUGUAAUCAGAGAAAGGACUUUUUUUGAGGGGGGGGGGGGUGUCAUUGACAAUAAACAAUGAACCAAAUCAAACA